AUGAAAUAUUCAAUAUUUUUAAUUUCCAUGAUAAUUGUGGUUGCAAGCUCAACCAGUUGUCAAGUAGACUAUCAGUGUGGUAAUGUGCCAUACUCUCUGUGCUUCAAGAACUUCAAUAUGCUUCCGGGUAUCGGUAGAGAUACCUCUGGUAAUAUCGUACUGCUUGGUAACUUUAAUUCGUCGAGUCAAGGUCUCAAUUAUAUUGCUACUCUACCGGCAGCUGGUGGAUCGAUCACACCUGGCUAUGCCAUUACCACCGACGCCAACUCUGGUUCUGGCUACAGCAAGUCCACUCAACUCUACACCUUUGUCACAUCAUUGAAUCAACCAUACAUUGCCGUCCAGAAGAACAACGCUCCAUAUACUGGACCCUACUUCCAGAACGGUACAUUCAAUGGUGUAUGGGCAUUGAAGGGCUACACUCUCGGUCUUGGUUUCGACGAUAUCAACAAGCGAACCUACUACUGCGAUGGAAACGUUCAUCGUAUCGACAAGAUCGUCUUGACCGAGCAAGAGCGUUUCCAAGGUGCAAUGGAUCUCUACGCCGGCCAGAACUGUAACUUUAUCGGUGCUGUCGGCAACGAUCUCUAUAUGGCCUUGAUAAACUACAACGACAACGGUACCACCACUACAGUCUACAAGGGUAGCAUUUCAUGCGCCAAUUGUCCAGCUAGUUCACUCACCAAGGUAGCAACACUCAACUUCCAAGCCAGUGGAUUCUCUUUGUCUGCCACUCAUAUGUACUUCAGUGCUGCACCAGGUUAUCUUACUCCGAAUGCCGGUCUUAUUCAGCUGCCUUUGAGUGGUGAUAUGAUUGCCUUGAGAUACAUUGUCAGUGAGCCAGUCGGUAGAUUCGUAUUCGAUCAAUCCGGUGAUUGGAUCUACUACCAAACCGCUGAUCUCGCAACCAUCAAAAAGGUAGGUCCAAUCUCUGCCAAUCAUCCACAAGUAUCUGUUCUGUAUGACCGUUCAAACCCAGGUUCCAGUGGUAACUGUGGUUGUACCGGUGGAAUGCAAGGUGCUCAAUGUCAAACCUGUUCAGGUCAAAUUCAAUGGGUCAAUUCAUUCCCUCAAUGUAUCGCUGUAUCCAACGGAAAUCCAGCUACUUGUCAAGCUGACUAUCAAUGUGCGAACCUUCCAUACACUUCCUGCCAAUACGCAACAUGUCAAUGUGUAAAUGGAUUCACCGGUGCCCAAUGUCAAACUUGCACUGGAACAGUAACCUGGAAUAAUGGAGUUCCAACUUGCAAAUAUAAUUAA